GCAGCCGUAGAGAAUUAGGAAAUGAAGGGGAAAAUCAAGGCACACGAUGUGUCGACUUCAAUCAACAAAACGUCAAAUUAGGCCAUUACGUAUCAUUGGGUCCGGAAAUUGAGCUAUGACGAUUUGCUCAUGAGCUCAGGAGCUGGGGUUUGCCUAUGAAGCCAUCAGGUUAAAAGUCAGUGGAGAACGUGGGGAGCGAGCUAAACAAUAACAGCUUCCUCGAGCUCCAUCUGCCAGCUUUAAAAUUCAUCAUUCCAGCCAAGAACGGGCAUCCUUGUUUUUGAGUUGACGGACAGAAAAGAUAUCGGAGGCUCAUUGACAUCCUUGUCAAUUCCUUCAGCGUCAGCUCUGCAAGGUGGGAUUCCCACUGGGAAUUAUAUCAUGGGACAGGCUUGGACAGGGCAGAUCAUCGACGGAAUCCACAUUGGCGAUCCGGAGAGGACCUCGGGAAUAAGAAGAUAUCAAAUUUUGAAGAUACAACGUCAGAGUCAAAUGCAAAAGUCAAUGCCAAUGAUAUGUCACUCUCUUCGAUUCAGUAACAGCACGCAAGACACAAGAAAUCAGGAAGACAAGACGUACAGAGUCAGACCUGCACCACCGACCGAUCCUUGGCAGAGCAAGCAGAUGAAAGAGAGAGAAAAUGCACCCUGCAUUUGACUAGACUGGUGCCCGUAGUGCUGUCUUACCAGGCUUUGAUUCACUAUUCAGCGAACCAGCCAGGGGUCUAUGAGACAUGUCGCAACAUAUUUGAUGGGUUUCCCUGGGGCAACCUUCUUUAUGGGCCCAUUAUCUCGACAGUGAAUGCAAUAAAUAAUAUCACCAGCACCGAAGAGUAAGCCGUGGCUUGCGAUUAUCAACGACUGUCAUCUUGUUGCUGGUCAAGAGGUCUAGAUCGUCGUCGGGGUAGCAUCGCGAAGGGUAUAAACAUCGAGGCUUAACCGUCUCCCCUGACGCUUCGAAACGCCUAAUUGGAGAUCAAACAGCAUCAUCAUCGCAAUGCAAAAGAGUCGAGAGUCUAGAGCCCACCCUUGUUAUCUUCAGCUGCUGCCCUGGUACAUUUUCCCUUCCCUUUUUUCCGCUUGUUUGCAGCUCGAUCAUCUGCUCGACCCCUGCUCAAGUUGGUAGGGUACCUUGCUUGGCCGUAGGGUUCGCUCCGGAUUUCAGUGUCAUAGCCAAGCAGGGGGUAGCAGAAAUCAGUGAUUCAAUGAAUGUAUGCCGAUGCCAGUGCUAAUGCCAGUGCCCAGACAGAAACGAUAGCGCAUCGAGGUACCCGUAUGUACUGUAAAAUUGGUCUGUGGCCUGGCCUGUAGCGUGCGUUGGCGCUGGGCCUGGUCAACACAGUGGAGGGCAUAUUUGUGUGUAUCGGCCGAUGACGUCCUCGAUCAACAUCGUCGCCCUUAGCAAACGUCAACGUCACUGACCACACUACACUCCCUUUCUCCAGCCCAGCUCAACCCAGCCAAGAACAAGCCAACCAUUGCCCGGAUCCAGCCAUUACCGUGUAACUCUCGUACCUGCCUGUCACGGGCGGUCUCCCUUAGAAAAGUAUAUCUAAUCCUGUCUCUCUCCUGCCUCGUACCAUGAGCUCUUUCUCUAUUUCAUACCCCGUCCAAUACCAAUUCCUACCUAAUACAAUACCCAACUGCUUUGUGAUACCCAUCCCUUACCAGAGGAUACCAAACAACAACUUCUUCAUUUGUUACCUACGUCUACGCUUCGCAACGCAACGCAUCCUACCCCUCUCAUAAUAAGAUCGACUUCUGCUUCGUCCCUUAUCCACUACAUCAUCGUCAGCUGAACCUAACUCUAAAAAAGAGUUACCGUCCUAACAUUUCUAACGUCAUACUUUCCGGUGGCACAACGAUUUAAUAACGAGAUACCCCAUACACUUUUGCCCAUCAUGCCCGGUGCCCCAGACGUCAACAAACCUACAGACAUCAAGACAAAGGAGGCCGAUGUCAACCGAAAACUCCAAGUUUACGGUAUCAUUUCCGCCUUCCAGAAUGGCAAGGUCCCUUCGAACGACCAAAUCGAUGUCGCUCUAAGCAGUUUUCUCGCCUCUCGCGCCCUCUCUGGUCGCCACGAGAAGCUCUCCGCUGAGGGUCAAGAGCUCGUCAAGGAUGCUGCCAACGUCAUUCAGCAAGCCAAGCACCUCCUUCUCUCCAAGAACGAGGGCAACCUGAUUCAGGAUUUCAUCUGGCAGACCACUCAGUUCGACCCCAAGAGUGUCAACACACCCAAUGCCCCCAUCAGCAAGGACGCCGCUAAGCAGGAUGGUGACCAAGCUCUCCAGGGUUUGAGAACCCUUGGCCAGCUUCUCAUCACCAACGGACAAUUCCGAAAGCUUCUUUCUGAUGCCACAGUCCUCUUCCGUGAUAUGGCUGGCGAUGCUGCUACCAAUGCCGCUGCCCGUGUCCGCCCGUCUCAGGAGCAGCUCCAACAGAUCGACGAGCCUGCUCAGGACAAUGUCUGGCACGAGGCUCCCGAUUUUUCCAAGGACAACCUGAAGCAGCAGGCCAAGGGCUUCUACAGUGGAAACCCCAAGGAAGAUGUCAAGGACGUUGCUUCAGCUGGUAUCAACGCUGCCGCUCCUGGACAGCUCCAGCAGAACCAGCAGUCCAAUGCUCAACAGGGUACUUACCCUCAGGUCACCACCGGUACCGAGACUGGUAAUGUGCCUGCGUCAACCGACGCCGCUCGUGAAACCGCUCGCCAGACCGACCCCCAGGCUGGUAAGAGUGCCGCUAAGCAAGUUGCUGAGGCCAAGCUCGACAACAAGGUCGAUCCUGAGACCAAGGAGAACAUCCUGCAGCGCAAUGAGGAGUACCGCCGCAAGGCCCGCAACUACUUCGAUAAGAAGAUGCCUCAGGAGCGUAAGGAUCAGACUAUCUGGCGUCUCAAGAAGAUGAUUCUUGAGUGCCAGCAGCAUGAGGACUACUCUCAGGCCAUUCAGACUCUUCUUCGCCUGGCUGAGAAUUACAGCCGCCACGGCCGCACUCUUGGCCAGGGCUCUACCGACACUGCUAAGGACGCACGCGGUGGCCUUGCUGCCGCUGAGCGUGACCUCCGCACUAUCAUUGAGCGAUUCGCCAAUGGCACCUCCACCGAGGAUCUUUGGGAGGCCAUCGGUCAGAUCUACCGCGACGCUGAUAACGACCGUGAGCUCAAGGACUGGUUCAAAGCUAUGGAUUCUUACAUCCGCCGAUGCCUCCUUCAGCAGGGUUACAUCCUCGAGGAUGAGUCCACUCGUGAGUGGGAUCAGCUCUACGACCAGGGACGAUACCUCCUCCGCAACAAAUACCGCGGUCACACCGACCGUGUUGUCGAUGAGAUCAAGUUCCUUGCCGACCAGUUCGACCAGGACCCUCAGAACCACGCUUUUGCCGAGUCUCUCCAGAAGCUGUUCAAGGACCUCGGCAACGACCAGGAUGGCAAGCCUGUCUUCAAGCCUCAUCUGCUCAAAGACUUGAGGGAUGUUAUUCUCCCCGCCGCCCUCGAGAACAUUGCCUACAUCCCCAUUCCCCGAAUUGAGUACACCGACUCCCAGGUUGAUGCUAUCAUCGAGAACCUAGUCCUCGAGAGUGACAACUUUGCCCCCAACAUCUUUGAGGUCUCCAGCGAGCACUACUUCCGAUGGGGCCGCAAGAAAAUCGCUAACAAGAACCACCAGACCGUUGAGGUCAAGGUUGCUGGCAUCCAGAUGGAUCUUCGUGAUGUGAGCUUCCACAUCAAGCGCAAGCAGGGCUUCCCUUCCAUCACCGACACUGGUGUGGCUGACAUCAUCCUCCCUGGUGAUGGCUUCUCAUUCAAGAUGAAGGUCUCUACCGCCGACAAGAAGGAUCGCCAGAACUACUUCAAGGUUGAGAAGGUCGAUGUUGACUUCAACAAGCUCCAGAUCAAGGUCAAGAAGUCCAACCAUAAGCUGCUCUUCUCCUUGUUCAAGCCUUUCAUGCUCAAGGUUAUUCGCCCUCCUCUGCAGAAGGCUGUUGAGAAGGCUAUCAAGGACCAGUGCAACAAGUUCGACCAGCUCCUGUUCCAGGUGAAGCAGGAGGCUGACCGUGCUGCUGCUGAGGCCAAGAGCAACCCCGAGAACGCUCCCAACAUCUACAACCGCUACUACACUGCUGCCCAGCAGCAGUUCACUAAGGGAAAGAAGAAGGCUGAGGCGGCUGCUUCUGAUAAGAAGGCCAACAUUGCCAUGACCAAGGAGGACAGCAUCUUCCCCAACAUCGACCUCCCUGGUGGCAUCAGCACCAAGGCUACCGAGUACAGGGAACUUGCCCGCAAGGGUGACAAGUGGGAGAGUCCUGUCUUCUCUAUCGGCUCCGCCAAGAAGAGCACUGACAUUCCUUCCGCUCCCAAGAUCCAGCGCAAGGCUCACCCCGUGUCAGACCUUGGACCUAAGAACACUUCCAACGCUGACUACGACUUCUACCCUGCUGGAGGUAACGCCCACACUGGUAAUGGUGCGUUGAACGGCGGUAACGGUCUCCAGAUCGGUAACGGUGCUGUUAAUGGCAAGCACCCUGCUGGUUUCGCCAACGGUCAGACCGGCCUGCCCACUAGCCAGGCCCCUUUCACCGCUGGCCAGGUCAACCCCGUUUAAAUCCAAUGUGACGAAAAUGCCAAUCAGGCACAGGAAAAAUAAUAGUGGAGGGUCACUGACGUUAUACCCAUGCUCAUGUACUUGAGUUGCCUUUGUUCUCUUUGUUUUUGAUACCACACUGGAAGCAAUGACGAUGGGCGGAUAAAGCACGAUGCGAGGAUUGUGCUUGGUUAGGGAAAACUACAGAUUUUAUUAAUUAGUGAUGUGACGGCCGUUUCCUUUGUUCCGAGGGUAUACACGAUUGGUUGAUAGUUAAAAUUGACUUCUUUACCUUGAA